CGGGACCCCGCCUCGAGCCGCCCGGUCACGAUAUAAAGCCCGGGGCACGAGCAUCGAACAGCCACAGCAUCCGUUCGUUGCCUCUUCCAUUCUUCCAGAUCCACGUGCGUCUCCAGACCCGGCAUGAGCUACUCGGACCAUCAGUGCCCAUGGAGCGAUCCUUCUCAGCGGCCCUGCAAGCCGCAUCCCUCGCCGUGCUGCCCGCCGCCCCCGCGGUGUCAGUUGGUGUGCAAGUCGCACCCGAUGUGGCCCCAGCCGCAUCCCUACCCAGCUCCGCCGCCGCAUCCCUACCCAGCGCCUCAAUGGCCCUGCAAGGUCAGAGCCGGCGGGCGUCCUCGGCUGGAGCAGCAGCAGCAGGAGGAGGAGGAGGAUGAGGUGGGGUGCGGCUCUCUGUGGAAGCGGUGGGGCCAUGGUUCCAGGGGCGGUUCCUCAAAGGGCCCUCAGUGCUGCCAGACGCAGCAAUGCUGCCAGCGGCCCGUGAAGCAGUGCUGCUUCGGAGGAAGCAACGGCGGCAUGGGAGGAGGUAACUCCGGCUACAAGUGAAGCGAGAGAGGUUGGGGCCCCGGCACCCACGGUCUUCUGGCUCCACCUCGGUGGCUGCUGUCUCUGAGCGGUGCGCACCGCUAUUGAGCGCUCCCCCCGUGCCCCCACCCCCCUCAAUAAAAACCCGCAUCUCGCAGUGA